ACUGAUCGUUUCUGUCGUGUGUCGUCUGUGCUGAACAAAAGGAUUAUUAGGCGGCUUCUUUGUUUCGGGGAAAAUGGCAAUGGCUGGGCGUCUGAGAUCAUCAACCGUUCCUCUCGUGCAGAGGAUUCUGAGAUCGGCCGAUCCUCUCUCCACCAUCCAACGUUCCUUGAUUUACCCUACAUCACACAUCCCGAGCCCUCCUUAUGCACAGUCCCUCAUCAUUGCUCCUCUCCUCUUCCACCAGAGUCUUCAUGCACAGUCAUCACCAUUGCUCCUAUCCUUCUCCUCUGGCUUCUUCCCUGAUGUUGCUCCGUCCCUCACUACCCCUACUCCUUCCCUCCUCUGGCUGUUCUUCCCUCAUGCACAUGCUUCCAUCUCCUGCUCAAUGUAUGAUUCCUUGAUGUUGGAGGAGUUCUCCUGUUUGGGUUUGCAUAAUUCCUUGAUGUUGGAGGAAGUUGUUUUGGCUGAGAAUGGGAGGCUAAGAAACAUAGAAACCAUAGCAAAGAGAUUUACAGAAUUGACCAUGGCCCACAGGGGAGAAGUGAAAGCUACUAUCACAACUGUUAUUCCUCUACCUGCAGAAGAGGAGAAAGAGCUGAAAGAAACCCUGCAGAAUAUAAUUGGACAUGGGAAGAAGGUCAAGCUUGAGCAGAAGAUCGAUCCCAAUAUUAUUGGUGGAAUAGUGGUGGAAUUUGGGCAAAAGGUUUUUGAUAUGUCCAUUAAGACUAGAGCAAGACAGAUGGAGAGAUUCCUACGGGAGCCAGUCAAUUUUGGUAGCCUCUGAAGAGAGUGGCAUGUUUUUAAACCUUCUAAUCGACACUAAGAAGGACAACCUUCUUGUUGCGUUUUGGCUUUUGAGUAUCAUGGCCUCUCUCCCCCUUUCAUGUUGAUUGGAUUCAUCUUGUUGAAAAUAAUAAGCUACCCAGUUGACCUCAACACUUCUUGCGUGAGUUCCUUAAACGUGUACUAGAAAGGGUUAAAAGCCCCUGGUCUUUCGUUUGGAAUAAACCCCUUAAUGGAUGAUCGUCCCACCUAUUCCUAGAUAUUUGUCUCUUGAAAGUAUUCACUUUUGGAGUCAUGAAUGGCAUUUGUAAUGUACUACAUGUUGAGAUAAGGGCAGCAAUCAUGUCCGGGAAGAGAAGAACUUUUAUUUGAUCAGAACAAAUGUACAGAGAAACCUAGAUGGCUUUUUCUUGUCUUGAUAACAAAGUAGCAUGUUGCUUGAUUGUAGCUGAUAAGCAUGGCAAAGUUUUCAAUACAGCUGUUUGUGCACUGCCAGAUGAGGCGGCUUUUUGAAACAUUUGAGUAGCUUGGGGGCUUUCUUCUCUCUUCACUAUUUUGUCCCCAGAUCUUGCUGUCCCCAUCGGCAUGCAUGAUCAUCAAGAUUUCAUUCCCCAUCUCCUAAGUAGAUUUUCGACAGAUGUAUUGACCAGACCCCGAAGCAAAAAUUGA